AUGAACGCGGCGAGAGAAGAAACUGCCGAGCGUAUCGAGAUGAUCUUGGAUAACUCUGAGAAAAUCGUCGAAGCCCGCAACUACAUGGCAGAUAAGAACGUGGUCCUGCAAAGUGAUCUUUCGGCUCAAGGUGGGUGGCAAUUUGCAAACUCGAUCUGUAACGACGAAUACUUGCGCACAAUACAAUUGAAAGCAGUCGAGAGGAGCGAGAUCAGAGCGCAGCUCAACACAGACCACCUUUGCACGACGUUCAAAAUAACUACGUACGAAAUUUUACCCCUAGAAAUCAACAAUGACUUGGACGACUUCCUUAACGAUAACAACGACGGUUUUCCCGACGAAAACGAAAACCUCGGAGGCUCAUAUUGA